AUGUGGGCCGCAGCCCCGCAAGCCGGGCUGGGAAAUGAUGCCGUUCCCGUGGUUGUAAGAGCCCUGUGGGCCGCGGUCAUGGCCCGAGAGCGGCGCAGUCUCCGGUCUCCGGAAGCCACCCGGCGGCGCGGGACACCCCGGGCUUUCACUUUUGCUCUUCUAUCACGGACACGCCUCCACGGGCUGAGGCAAGUGUGCGUCCCUGGCGGCUCUCUGGGCCGAAGAGUCUUCUGGCUCCUAGCGUUGUGCACUUCCUUAGGGAUGCUGCUGUCUUGGUCCUCCAACCGGCUACUACACUGGAUGUCCUUCCCAACAUACACGCGGGUCCACACUGAGUGGGCCAAAGAGUUGGACUUCCCCGUUGUCACCAUCUGUAACAACAACCCCAUCCGCCUCUACAAGCUCACUAAGAGCGACCUGUACUUUGCUGGACACUGGCUGGGCCUGUUGCUUGCCAACCGUACUGUCCGGCCCCUGGUGCUGGACCUGCUUCAGGAAGAUCGUGUGGGCUGGUUUGGCAAGCUGUCUGACUUUAAGCUCUUUCUGCCGCCCCGAAACUUUGAGGGCACCAAUUUGGAAUUCAUGGACAGGCUGAGCCACCAGCUGGAUGACAUGCUGCUCUCCUGCAAGUACAGAGGAGAACCUUGUGGGGCUCAUAACUUCUCGUCUGUGUUCACCCGAUAUGGCAAGUGCUACAUGUUCAAUGCGGCUGAAGAGGGCAAGUCUUUGCGCACCACAAUGAAAGGCGGCACGGGCAAUGGACUGGAGAUCAUGUUGGACAUCCAGCAAGACGAAUAUCUACCCGUGUGGGGCGACACAGAGGACACAGCAUUCGAAGCGGGAGUCCGAGUCCAGAUCCACAGCCAGGCCGAGCCCCCCUUCGUGCACGAGCUGGGCUUUGGCGUUGCCCCUGGCUUCCAGACCUUUGUGGCCACGCAGGAACAGCGGCUCACCUUUCUGCCUCCCCCCUGGGGUGAGUGCGAGUCUAAGGCUCUGGAGUCAGGCUUCUUUCAAGUGUACAGCGUGACUGCCUGUCGGAUCGACUGUGAGACACGCUACAUCGUGGAAAACUGCAACUGCAGGAUGGUGCACAUGCCUGGCGAUGCUCCCUACUGCACCCCGGAGCAGUACAAAGACUGCGCUGAGCCCGCCCUUGCCAAGUUGUCUGCAGCAGAGAGCAGCGGCUGCAUGUGUCGCACGCCAUGCAACGUGACACGCUACAACAAGGAGCUGUCCAUGGUCAAGAUCCCCAGCAAGACCUCGGCACGGUACCUGCAGAAGAAGUUCAACAAGUCGGAAAAAUACAUCGCAGACAACAUAUUGGUUUUGGACGUAUUUUUCGAGGCUCUCAACUAUGAGACCAUUGAGCAGAAGAAAGCCUACGAGGUGGCUGGCCUGCUAGGUGACAUUGGUGGCCAGAUGGGGCUUUUCAUCGGAGCCAGCAUCCUUACCAUCCUGGAGCUCUUUGACUACGCCUACGAGGUGGUACGGGACAGACUAUUGGACCUCCUGAGUCGAGAGGAUGAGGAGGAGGGUCGCAGAGCAGAUGUGACUUCUUGCGAUCCGGUGGCCAACCACUCUGAGUCCAUCAGCCACAGUGUGGCCGUCCCCCUGCAAGCCACCUUGGAGGAGAUCGCCUGCUGA